UACAUAAUAAAUGGCAAAAUAAGGUUGGGGAUUUUCAGGAAACACUGUCAAAUUAAAUACUAAUAAGUAAGGUUAAUAAGAGAUUUAGUCGUGUGGAAAAGAAGCUAAAUAUUUGGGAAACAGCUGGAAAAGCUGAUGACAUCUAGUAUAUUCCUGAUGCUGAGGAGGAAAAGAAACCUUAAAAUCAAAUUUCAGAUGCUGGAGUGGUUUUAGGUUAAAAGUUAUAGAAUAUUAAUGAAUUGCAGAACUUAGCUAAAAUAUCAUCCUUGCCUUAACCAGUACUUACAAUAAAGAAUUUAAAUUUAGGCUGAUGAUAUUGAUUUUAGUAUUUUGACUCAAGUAUUGAGGCCGGCAGAAGAAGUAUAAGAGACUGAUGAAUAGUGGGAAUUUUCAAAAUUGAAAACUGAGAUGCAGGAAAUUGUUAAUAAGCUCUACAGCAAUAAAACAAAUUCUUGAAUUAAAUGAAUUAAUAUU